AUGAGCACUUCGACUGCCUCCUCGCCCGCUCCCUCCACCACCUCCUCGGUUGGCCCCCUCUCCUUCCGCGCUAGCGUCGAGGACGUCGCACUCGUCUGGGACUCGCUCGCCCAACUGCACGCCCACGACGUCACCUUUGACAUUGUCACGAGCACGCUCCACAUUGACGGUCUCGCUGAGGAGGACCUCGACCCCGUCAUCGACAGCAUUCACGCGCUGAUCGGACACGCCGAGCCUGUCUGCGAGCCUGCCAGCCCGUGA